AGGUCAGGGAUCCAGGCCCCAUUCCAAAUCGUUUCCCUGGCCGCCCACUUGUUUAAAAUGGGUGUCUCUUCAAGUUUUGGACCCCUGCAAUGGGUCCAAGCGUCGGCACAUCAAUGAGGCACGCAACGACAAACUUUGACCACUUACUCUACACGGGAAAGUGGUACUGUAACACAGGCUUGCUGACGUUGAACAUUCUUCUCUGCCUUCCUCUCAUCUCCUCAUAUUCCAAUGGAUUUGACGGAAGCAUGAUGAAUGGGUUGCAAAGUGUCACUUGGUGGCAAGAGUUUUUCCAUCAUCCUCGUGGUGGAACUUUGGGUCUGUUCAACGCUAUUCAAAACAUAGGUUCUAUUUGCGGCGUUCCCUUUGCACCAUAUGUCGCGGAUACCUUUGGGAGGAAGUCUGCUAUGCUAUUAGGUGCACUUAUUAUUGCUGGUGGGGCUGCAUUGCAGACAGCCUCUCAGAAUUUUGGCAUGUUCAUUGGUGCCCGCGCCAUGAUUGGCUUCGGGGCAUCUUUCUUAAUGGUAGCCUCCCCUCUUCUCAUUUCCGAGCUGGCCUAUCCUUCACACCGGCCCUCAGUUUCCGCGCUGUUCAAUACCAUGUGGUUUAGUGGCUCUAUCGUUGCGGCCUGGGGGACUUUCGGAACCUUCCGAAUCGAUAAUAACUGGUCAUGGCGUAUUCCAUCCGCUCUUCAAGCCAUUCCCUCUGUUAUUCAGCUGCUUCUUCUAUGGCUUAUUCCCGAGUCGCCUCGUUACUUGAUCCGCCAAGGCCGGGAUGAGAAGGCUCUCAAUAUCCUCGCUAAAUACCACGCUAAUGGAAACCGCAAUGAUCCUCUCAUCGAAUAUGAAUACAACGAAAUUAAAGAGGCCAUUUCCAUAGACGAAGCGAACGCUAAAAGUUCCAGCCUCCUGGAGCUCUUUAGCGGCACAGGUAAUCUGCGUCGCAUGAGAAUCAUCAUUGCUAUUUCCUUCUUCUCCCAGUGGUCUGGAAAUGGUCUCAUUUCAUACUAUUUCAACCUCAUUCUAAAUGGUAUUGGUAUCACCUCCGCCUUUGAUCAAACUCUCAUCAACGGCAUCCUGCAAAUCUUCAAUCUUGCCACUGCAAUCACUGCUUCCGUCCUUACGGAGCGUGUCGGUCGCCGUGUUUUAUUUAUUGCCUCAACAGCUGGCAUGACGGUGUCCUACAUGGCAAUUACAAUUUGUAGUGCCGUCUAUCGUCACUCUGUCCACAUCAACCCUGAUGGGACUACUUCCACGGAUCCUGCGACCGGGAAAGCCGAGAAGGGCAAUGAAAACGCUGCCCAUACCUACAUUGCGGUGGUAUUCUUCUUCAGCUUCUUCUACGCCAUUGCAUAUACACCGCUCCUAGUCUCAUAUACCGUUGAAAUUCUACCUUACAAAAUUCGUGCGAAGGGGCUGGCUGUAAUGGGCUUGUCUGUCACUGCCUCUAUUGUAUUCAAUCAGUACGUCAAUCCAAUCGCCUUCGACGCCCUCAACUGGAAAUAUUAUGUCGUCUAUACCAUUUGGGACGCCGCCGAGACGGUAUUUAUCUGGUUCUAUGCCGUCGAGACCAAGGGACGUUCGCUUGAGGAGACCGCUUUGCUCUUUGACGAUCCCAGUGCCGCUGAUGCUCUCGCCCAGCGAGCUCACGCAAAUGUUCGACAGCUGCCUAAUGAGGGGGACGAGAAAGGCGACCUAAGCUCUGAGACGACCAAUGAGAACAACUCAAUCCGCGAGAGCAGGAGACAAGUGGUUUAAACGUGCCAAUCUGCACUCCGCCCCACUACAACUCAGCGCUUCUUGUCAAGAACAUCGCUUGAACUGGCAGCAAAAUAAUCCA